AUGCUUCGGACGUGUUUACUGUCGCCUGCUCGCUGCCUGGAUGCCAACAGUGAGAGGUACCAGGAGCUGUUUGAGAGACUGGACACUAAUAAAGAUGGACGAGUGGAUGUCGCCGAGUUACGGGCGGGACUUCAAGCAAUGGGUAUUUUCCGCCAAGGAGCAGCACAGAAAAUUGUCUCAUCAGGUGACCAAAACAAAGAUGGCAGUCUUGACUUCAAUGAGUUCUCUAAAUAUCUCAAAGAACAUGAGAAGAAGCUUUUGCUAACUUUCAAGAGUUUGGACAAAAACAAUGAUGGACGCAUUGAUGCCUCAGAGAUACAGCAGUCUCUUGCAGAGUUAGGCAUUCAUGUCAGUGAAGACAGUGCUUUGAAAAUCCUACAAAGCAUGGACAUUGAUGGCACCUUGAUGGUUGAUUGGAAUGAGUGGAGAGAGCACUUCCUGUUUUGUCCUGCCCACAACCUGCAAGAGAUCAUCCGCUACUGGAAACACUCCACUGUUUUGGACCUUGGUGAAAGUCUUGCCAUCCCAGAUGAGUUCACAGAAGAAGAGAAAAGCUCCGGUGUCUGGUGGAAGCACCUGGUGGCAGGUGCCAUCGCAGGAGCUGUCUCUCGAACUGGUACAGCUCCUCUAGACCGACUAAAGGUCUUUAUGCAGGUUCAUUCCUCCAAAUCCAACAAGAUUGGCUUGGUUGGUGGUUUAAGGCAGAUGAUUACGGAAGGAGGUUUAAUGUCAUUGUGGAGAGGCAAUGGAAUCAAUGUUUUAAAAAUUGCACCAGAGACCGCAAUCAAAUUUAUGGCAUAUGAACAAUAUAAAAAGUUGUUGACAUCCGAUGGUCAAAAAAUAGAGACGCACUGUAGGUUUAUGGCUGGCUCACUGGCUGGAGCAACCGCACAGACUGCCAUCUACCCUAUGGAGGUGUUAAAAACUCGACUGACCUUAAGAAAAACAGGACAGUUCUCAGGAAUGGUUGAUUGUGCCAAAAAGAUCCUGAAGAAUGAGGGACCCAAAGCAUUUUACAAAGGCUAUAUUCCCAACCUUCUGGGCAUCAUCCCAUAUGCUGGAAUAGACCUGGCUGUUUAUGAGACUUUAAAGAAUUUUUGGUUGUCGUAUCACAAAGACUCUACAAACCCCGGCGUUAUGGUGUUGGUGGGUUGUGGCACCAUCUCGAGCACCUGUGGUCAGUUGGCCAGUUAUCCACUUGCACUUGUGCGGACGCGGAUGCAGGCACAAGCAUCUCUCAAUGCAUCUGACCAGCCAUCAAUGAAUUCACUUUUGAGGACAAUUGUUGCAAAAGAUGGUUUUUUUGGACUUUAUCGUGGUAUUCUACCAAACUUCAUGAAAGUUAUACCUGCUUGUGGCACUAUGGGCAACACAAGUGACAGAGUGACUGUGGAUCGACAUGGAGCCAAGGCCCAACGGACAGACAGCAGCGGCCACAAAGACCAAGAGCCCAGCAACAAGUUGGUGGACAGUACUGAUGACCCAAACAUCUUUAACACCCAUGGUCCUGAAAGCAAAGCUCUUGAAGAGAAGGAGUUUGCCCCUGAUCUGGAUGACCUUGUGAAGACCGGGCCACAAGCUCGGCCCACUGUCAUUCGCUGGGCUGGGGGAGGGAAGGAGGUUUACAUAUCUGGUUCAUUUAACAACUGGAGUACAAAGAUACCACUGAAUAAAAGCCAUAACGACUUUGUAGCAAUCCUUGACUUACCAGAAGGAGAACAUCAGUAUAAGUUUUUUGUUGAUGGCCAAUGGGUCCAUGAUCCAUCAGAGCCCGUUGUGACGAGCCAAAUGGGAACUAUCAACAACCUGAUUCAUGUGAAAAAGUCUGACUUUGAGGUGUUUGAUGCUUUGCAGGUGGACUCUCUGGAGUGUUCUGACACUUCAGAUUUGUCCAGCUCUCCUCCUGGACCGUACGGACAAAGCCAGUAUAUAUUCAGACCAGAGGAACAUUUUAAAGGGCCACCUAUACUCCCACCACAUCUCCUCCAAGUUAUACUAAACAAAGAUACAAAUAUAUCUUGUGACCCUGCUCUGUUGCCUGAACCGAAUCAUGUCAUGUUAAACCACCUAUAUGCCCUGUCGAUAAAGGACGGUGUGAUGGUGCUCAAUGGCAGUUGUGAAACCAUCCCUGACCUGGAUGUGGUCUUCCUCUGCCGGAGCUCCAUCCUCACACAUUCACGAGCAACUUUCAGCUUUGGGAAACAUGUAAAUGAUCUGACGGGAACAGGCUCUCACAUGGUGUAG